AUGGACGGUCGGGAGGCGCGCAAGCAGGGUCGCCCCGACGAGGAGCUGUUCCUGCGCCCUGAGGAUGCGCCUGAGACGCCUAUAGUAGGGCCCCUCAGGAUACAGAAGCGCGAGUCACACACCAAGAGCCCUCCACCGCGAACAGACUCGGCAGGCAGCUCCAAGUCCAACCAGCCUGUCUUUUCGCGGCCUCCGCCUAUGCCAACAUUUCCAGCGCCGCCCACGAACCCUCCUACCGCACCCUUGCCUUACCCAGACGACGACGGCCCACCAAAGCAGCCGACCUUGGCUUCAGGGAGAUACACACCACAGAGUGACGCCGAGACUCGAACGAAGAGUCAAGAUCGAAGAUACCGAGAGGAGCAACGAAGAGGCUCUGGCAGCUCUACAGGGCCGAGCCCCUCAUCACCAGCCUCGCGCGCAAGAUUCGAUGCGAACGACCCAAACAGACCGUCAGUGGCAGGCUAUGGCGGACCUGGAAGAGCGCCAGACGGAUCUAUACAGCCCUCUAGACUGGCUGAGCGGAGGGGAACUGCGCCCAAGCCUCUCCCAGAGUCUCCAGGCCCAGAGACGCCUGAUAAGGAGGGGCUCUUCCAACGAGCACCGCAGAGGCAGGGUAGUACGGAUCCCAACCCUUUCCCAGACUACCACCAGCAAUACUGGCCGCCGCCUCAAGUACCUGGAGGUCCGAAAUCACCACAGCCGACGCUGAAUAUUCCCAACCCUGGCGGCAUCAAUCGGCUGAGCUCGACUGCGUCAACUUCCACGACCAAAGCGCAACGAGGGUCGCCACCUCCUCCCGAAACGCCCAUCAUACCUCCACCUAGUGGUGGAAUCGAGGCACGUUUCGCUGCAGCGGGAAUCGCCGGCACAUCCACUCUGACGAGCCUACAAGCGCAGACCGCACAGAAUGCCGCAGCUGCACAGAGGAACCAGGUGUACGCAAACCAGCAGCCCAGACAGAACGUCACCUCACCCACCCCGAAUCAGCAGCCCCCGCGACGACCAUGGACACCCACAGAGCAGCCGGGCAGCCACCCCCAUGGUCCGCCAGCCGUAUACCAAGGUAUGAAUCAGGUCGGACCUUCAAGUAGCCCUCCACAAGCGCCUCUGCCUCAGGUACCGGGUCAUGUCCCAGUCAACACAGGAUCUCCGGCCCCUGCGAAUGGCCAACCAGAGCAUUCGUUGUCGCAGGACAUGGGCCGUAUGAACAUGAACGAGGAACCGCCACCAGCGUACUCAAGUAUCCAGCAUCCUCCAGCUUCAUCAUCGGCCGGAUACCCCCAGGAGAAACAACGCCCACAAGGGGCGGCUGCACAAGCACCUCAACAGCCUGGUGUGAUGAGCGACCCGAAUCUCCAGCAACAUCCGGCUUUUGCAAACGAUCUACGAUCUCCGCAGACGCAGACAGGUCCGUCUUCACAGCCGCUGGGCGUUGUAGCGCCAACGCCAACCGCCAGUCAAUUCCCGCAACAAACGCCGCAAAUACAACAGCAUGCAAGCACACCAAGUCCCGCACCAACAGCACCGGGACCUGGUCCUGCGUCACCUCCGCCGCUUCCUGAGGGCUGGAUAGCGCAUCUCGAUCAGACUUCCGGCCAGUACUACUAUAUUCAUUUGCCCACGCAAUCGACACAAUGGGAGUUUCCAAAGGGUCCCACACCCCUGAACCUGAACGAGCCCAUGUCGCCAGCGGGCUCAUUUGCAAAUCCUUUGGCAUCUCCAGCAUUUGGCAAAACACCACUUGCAUCUCCUGGCUUUCCUACUCAGACCGCCGGUUACCCCGACGGUAUGCUCGGUAUGGCUUCCGUUGCAACUCCCACCACUAGUGGGUUUACUGGACCUCCCCCUGUUGCAGGUGUGGAUCAGUACAAGAUCAACCCGACGAAUAGUGUGUACUUUGGUCCGUAUCUGAGGUACACGAAUAUGGAUAUCGAGCGUGGUCUGUGGUUGGGCUCCAUUCUACUCAUCACAAACACCCCGCAUCCUCCAACGAUACAUAUCCAUCAGAGUGUAGAUCUUUCGCCAAAUCCUCGGCAACUGAAAGCAAAUCCUAUUUACACCCAUCAAACCUGGAUCUUCUACCGCUACGACGUCGAGCUGCGAAUGGAAGAGGAUCAUGCGGCGAAGUGGACUUAUGCAAUCACUUCGCAUCUGGGCUGCACACGGUUCGAGUUCCUGGUAGCGGGCCGCAACGAGACCAGCUGGCGCUUCAUUGCUCAUUCAGGCAAUGACUUUGCUCUCAAUGUGAAUGCAAACGAACGGUCUAAGCUUGGAGGCGUAGGCUACAUGUGGAAGGACAUCCUUCAGAAGAACACUGAGUGCGGUGGCUUCCAUGUGCAGCUUGGCCUAGGCGGGCAUAUUUACGCUGAUCGACUAUGGAAGGAAAUACCGUUGCUGAAGCAGUGGACGGCAAUGAGCGGCAAAGAAAACCGUAAGAACGCACCGUGGACUGCGAAACAUGAUGAGGAAGUUUGCCAUGCGUACUUCCACUACUACACAAGUCAUUUCGACCAGCCGCAUUUGCGAGAAGCGUUUGCGCAGAUUCCCCACAUCCUAGCGCUCGACGAUCAUGACAUUUUUGAUGGAUUUGGCUCAUAUCCCGAAUACAUGCAAUUUUCCAACAUGUUCAAGAACAUCGGCCGGAUAGGCAUCGAGAUGUAUCUCUUGUUCCAACACCAUACUACUUUGGAGAUUCUUCGCAAUGUGAACAACGACAUGGAUCUCUUUACGGUAACGGGCACCGGUUGGCAUUUCAUCAAGUAUCUCGGACCUUGUGUUACGGUUGUAGGACCCGAUUGUAGGUCUGAGCGAAACCCACAUCAGGUCAUGGCUGGUCCAACGUACCAAGGCAUCUUCCCGAAGGUUGCGACUCUUCCGCCAAGCGUGCAACACUGCAUAUGGAUGGUCCCAGUUCCUGUGGUUUACCCCCGUCUGGAAUCUGUAGAGCAUCUCGCCAAUUCAAUGGCAACCGGCAAGAAAGCCGUCACUGGAACUUUCAACAUGCUUGGGAAAAUGACAGCAGGUGUGGCAGGUGUUGUCGGUGCUAAGAGCGUGGUCGGCGACGGCUUCAAUUCGGUUAAGAAAGCCAUCGGAAAGUCAGGUCUCAUGAGUGGUGUCUUGAGUCCUUUUGGCGAGAUCGACCUGCUCGACGAGCUUCGCGACCAGUGGACGCAUGAUUCAAAGGAUCUCGAGCGCACAUACUUGAUCCGAACUCUUCAAGGCAUUGCCCACAACAAGUCACUUCGCAUGACCUUCUUCUCUGGUGGUGUCGACGUAUGCGGCGCAGGCCUCGUACAUGACCCUGCCAAACCCCAAGACCACAAGACCAUGUAUCAAAUCAUCUCCUCCAGCGUCGUCAAUGCUCCCCCUUCAAAUUACGUCCUCCGCCUCCUGCACAACAAUCGCGCUCUCUACAUCCCGCAAAACGGGCAUCGCUCCAAUCAUGCGCCUUCUGACACGAAGGAAGACAUGAUGGAGAUCUUCACCCAGGACGUCAACGGCGCUCCGAGAGAAUACAAGAGAUUAAUGGGUAGGAGAAAUUACGUUGCUUGCGUUGUGUAUGAUCCGGAGAUUGUAAAUGGAACAUUCGGACAGGUACCGGGACAACAUGGAAGCGGGAAGCUGAGCCUGGCGGUGGACUUCAUGGUGCAGAAUGAGGGGCCUUACAGUGCGCCGAUGAAGUAUGGGCCAGUCAUUGUGCCGAGUUUGGAGUAUGGGAGGUAG